AUGGGACUCUCAGAAUCUCUGAAAAUAGAGCCUGUUACUGCAGGAGACAGAUCAGCCCUCGCUGAUCUGUGGCUCGUAGCAUUUUCGGACUCUCACUCAAGGCAGCUAUUCCCUGAUACGCCCGGAGUCCGGAAGUGGUUGGAAGGUGCCAUCUUCCAUGAUAUCGUUGAUCACCCAUUCCAGCAUUAUAUGAAGAUCAUAGACCCCAAAUCCAAGAAUUACAACGGUGGACCACCAAUAGUAGCAUAUGCAAAAUGGGACCUCUCUUUACCUGAGGAGCGGGGACCGCGCUACCCACCGUGGCAUGAGGAUAUGCCGAAGGAAUUGUGCGAAGCUUUUGUGGCGAGAGGAGAGAGCAAUAGAAGACGUAUUAUGGGCAAUACGAAGCAUAUCUUUGAAGUUCUGGACAUAGUUGUGACGCAUCCACAAUAUCAGCGACGAGGGGCCGCUUCUAUGCUUAUGAAAUGGGGAUGCGACCAGGCCGAUAUCAAAAGAGUAAGUGUCUAUCUGAGCGCAAGUGCCGAGGGCUCCGCAUUGUACGCAAAAUUCGGCUUUAUAGAUCAUGGUGUUCCUGGCCAAGGUGCAAUUCCAAUGGUUCGUCCAUGCCCAGGUGGCACGGUCGGGUUUGGGCGGAGUUAG